GAUUUCUCAAGUUCGAUUCCAUGGUUCCCUUGUAUAUAAAUUCCCCUUCUCUCGCUUAUUCUGUCCCUCGAUCCGCCGCCCAUCGCCUUUCCUCGACCGAAAACUCCCUGUUGCCAUUGCUUUCAACCUUCAAUUUUCUUAAUUAUUCAAAAAAUUCAAGGUGACGGUGGCUUGAUAUCGUUGCUUCUGUAGAUCCGAGCCAGGAGGAUUCCGAUCCGAGCCAGGAGGAUUCCGAUCCGAUCCACGUAAGUAUUUAUCUGAGCUGUUGAGAUGGCAUCGUCAACAGCUGGGGCGGCCACUGGAUGGUAUAGAGGCAGGGUGAAAGCUGUCCCAUCAGGGGACUGCUUGGUAAUUACGGCCAUGGCCAGCAGCAAACCGGGACCCCCUCCUGAAAAGACCAUUACUUUAUCUUCUCUGAUCGCUCCAAGAUUGGCUCGAAGAGGUGGUGUUGAUGAGCCAUUUGCAUGGGAUAGCAGAGAAUACUUACGGAAGCUAUGCAUAGGACAGGAGGUUGCAUUUAAAGUAGACUACACUGUGCCAUCAAUUGGUCGAGAAUUUGGUUCUGUUUUCCUUGGUGACAAGAAUAUUGCAGCACUCGUUGUUUCCGAAGGCUGGGCAAAGGUAAGGGAGCAGGGUCAGCAGAAGGGUGAAGUGAGUCCUUACCUAGCAGAACUACUACGUCUCGAAGACCAAGCAAAGCAACAAGGUCUUGGACGUUGGAGCAAGGUUCCUGGUGCUAGUGAGGCAUCUGUUAGAAACUUACCACCCUCAGCCAUUGGGGAUCCCAGCAACUUGGAUGCAAUGGGUUUGUUAGCUGCUAACAAAGGUACCCCGAUGCAGGGGAUUGUCGAGCAGGUUCGAGAUGGCAGUACUAUCCGGGUGUACCUGCUUCCGGAGUUUCAGUUUGUUCAAGUGUUCGUUGCUGGAAUCCAGGCACCAUCAAUGGGGAGAAGGGCAGCUCCUGAAACUGUUGCUGAAAUGGACAAUUCAUCUAAUAACCUUAAUGGUGAUGUUUCUGCUGAACCAAGAGCCACUUUAACCUCUGCACAAAGGCUUGCAGUCUCUGCAGCAUCAUCUGGUGAAGUAGCUCCUGAAAUGUUUGGAGUUGAAGCCAAACAUUUUACAGAGAUUCGUGUUCUGAAUAGAGAUGUCCGGAUUGUGCUGGAAGGCGUAGACAAAUUUAGCAAUUUGAUUGGGUCAGUGUACUACUCUGAUGGGGAAACAGCGAAAGACCUGGCACUGGAGCUGGUAGAAAACGGUCUAGGUAAGUAUGUUGAAUGGAGUGCAAAUAUGAUGGAAGAAGAUGCCAAGCGGCGGUUGAAGUCUGCAGAGCUCCAGGCAAAGAAAAGCCGUUUACGAUUAUGGGCUAACUAUGUACCUCCACCAACGAAUUCAAAGGCAAUUCAUGAUCAGAAUUUCAUGGGGAAGGUGGUAGAAGUUGUAAGUGGUGACUGCAUUAUUGUGGCUGAUGAUUCAGUUCCAUAUGGAAGUCCACUAGCGGAGAGGCGGGUCAACCUAUCAAGUAUUAGGUGUCCAAAAAUGGGGAAUCCACGCAGGGAUGAGAAACCUGCUCCUUAUGCCCGUGAAGCAAAAGAGUUCUUAAGAACACGUCUCAUUGGUCGACAAGUUAAAGUCCAAAUGGAGUAUUCUAGGAAAGUCAGCAUGGUGGACGGACCCACAACUGCUCCUGCAGAUUCUAGAGUGAUGGAUUUUGGAUCUGUCUUCCUAUUGUCUCCUACUAAGGCUGAGGGUGAUGACACCUCUCCUGCUCAAAACAGUAGUAGUGACCAACAAGCUGGGGUGAAUGUGGCUGAGCUAGUGGUAUCACGUGGUUUUGGCACUGUCAUUAGGCAUCGUGAUUUUGAAGAGAGAUCAAACUAUUAUGAUGCCCUUCUUGCGGCUGAAUCACGUGCUAUUGCUGGCAAGAAAGGAAUUCAUUCUGCCAAGGAUCCUCCUGUCAUGCAUGUAACAGAUCUUCUUGCGGCAUCAGCCAAAAAAUCAAGAGAUUUCCUUCCAUUCCUGCACCGGAGUAGAAGGAUUCCAGCUGUUGUUGAAUAUGUCCUCAGUGGUCACCGUUUCAAAUUGUUGAUUCCGAAGGAGACAUGUAGCAUCGCCUUCUCUUUCUCAGGUGUUAGAUGUCCUGGUCGGGAAGAGCCGUAUUCAGAUGAAGCAAUUGCUCUAAUGCGGCGGAAGAUAAUGCAGAGAGAUGUAGAGAUUGAAGUGGAAACUGUUGAUAGAACGGGAACCUUUUUGGGAUCCUUAUGGGAAUCAAGGACCAACAUGGCAGUGGUUCUAGUUGAGGCGGGCUUGGCUAGGAUUCAAACUUCCUUUAGCAGUGAUAGAAUACCUGAUGCUCACCUUCUUGAACAAGCCGAACGAUCAGCAAAACGGCAGAAACUCAAGAUUUGGGAGAAUUAUGUUGAAGGGGAGGAAGUUUCCAAUGGUGUGGCUGUUGAAAGCAAACAGAAAGAAGUGCUUAAGGUAAUUGUUACUGAGGUGUUGGGUGGUGGCAAAUUUUAUGUCCAGACAGUUGGGGAUCAUAAAGUCGCUUCUCUACAGCAACAGCUUGCUUCUUUGAAUCUUCAAGAAGUCCCUUUAAUUGGUGCUUUUAGUCCUAAGAAAGGUGAUAUCGUCCUUGCUCAAUUUAGUGCAGACAAUUCGUGGAACAGGGCAAUGAUCAUCAAUACACCUCGAGGGGCUGUUGAAUCAGUGAAAGAUAUGUUCGAAGUGUUCUACAUAGAUUUUGGAAAUCAAGAGGCUGUUCCUUAUGGUAGACUUCGGCCACUCRAUCCUUCUGUAUCUUCUGCCCCUGGUCUUGCCCAGCUGUGUAGUCUUGCUCACAUCAAGGUUCCCGGUUUGGAUGAGGAUUUUGGUCAAGAAGCAGCUGAGUAUCUGAGUGAUUACAUGCUUAAUGGCGCAAAGGAGUUCAUGGCCACAAUUGAAGACAGAGAUACUUCUGGUGGAAAAGUUAAAGGGCAGGGUACUGGGAAUAUUCUUAAUGUGUCUCUUGUUGCUGUCGGGUCAGAGCUUAGUUUAAAUGGUUUGAUGCUUCAGGAAGGACUUGCUAGACUAGAGAAAAGGAAAAAGUGGGAAUCCAAGGAAAGACAAGCUGCGUUUGGAAGUUUAGAAGGAUUCCAAGAGGAAGCACGGACAGAUCGGCGAGGGAUGUGGCAAUACGGAGACAUUCAGUCCGACGAAGAGGACGCAGCUCCUGUGAGAAAAGCUGGUGGCCGGCGAUGAGCACAUUUGCUUGCCCACUUCGUAAAUUAAGAAAUAGACAACUUUAUUAGUCUAAGUUUUAAUUAUGCUAUAGUCAUAAUCACCUUUCAUUAUAAGAACCUAAGCAAUGUUGCCCGUAAAGACUGUGAAGUUUUGUCCUUUGUUCUUUUCUAAAUUUUAUUUUGUUUUCAUUUUUACAUUGGAUGACCAGACUUUUCUUUUCUAAAGAAAUAAUAAGUCGAGACGUUGCAAUAAACCGAGACUUUACCCGGUCUAUUUCCUUGUGAAA